CCGCGAAUCAGCCCUAUGUUGUGCUUGAAAUGGAUGAACCGGCGCAAAAAUUCCAGACUAAUCCAGGCCUCAAUAUGAGCCCAUAUUGGGAAGAAUCUUUUGACUUCGAACUGACAGCAGCGUCAGAGGAAAUCCUUUUUGAGGUGUAUGAGAGUGAAGUGAAAGGCGGUGUCGGUGCGCAGCACGAAUCCGAAGAUGACCGUUUUCUGGGCCUUGCAAUUGGUCGGCCCUAUCGAAAUGAUGUAAUUACCGGUAAUUUGACUAUACAGUUCGACUUCUAUUAUGACCCAUCGUUGGUUACAGUGGGUAAACAAGUGGAUCAGGUAGUCAUUCGGAGCAAUGUCGACCAAUUCCGGGAAACAGUCAGCAGUACAAGAAGACCAGUUUAUGAUCCACGAGGUGAAAAGGCAAAAUUUUUAGAUAUCAAUGUUACAGACAGCUUUGGGGCACACGAUGCUCAUGAAAUUGUGCCAACGAAAACUACAACGGUUACCGUGAAGACUGUCUCUCAGCUGCCAUCGAACGAUAAGCUUCAACCAUCAGGGCUGACUGUGCAGCAGCAACAGCAUCAGCCAACGACCGCUCCGGCAGCGCCAGGAAUGCAUUCACCACAACAGCAACAGCAACAACAACAGCAGCAAAGAAUACAACAACAGCAAGCACGGCAACAUGCGGAUUAUGACGGAGGGGGCCUUGAUCAUCAUACCCAAAAGACUGGUACCAGUGAAUUACAAAAACAACAGCAGCAUCACGUAUCCUAUAGUACAGUAACGCAACAGCAGCACUUAGCUACUCAGCCGAAGCAGCAGUUCGUUACUGCAUCACAGCCUGUAACGAGCAUCGGGCAACAGCAACAGCAGCAACAUCCUAUGCCCGGAAGUAGUGCUGGAACAACUUCUCUGGAUAUGAUGGCGCAGCGUGCACCUACUGCGUUAAAAAGCCAAGAAGCCAGCAUCACCACUUAUCCCCAACAACGGUAUGAGCAACAGCUAGAACACGAAGCAAAAGCAAUUAUAAAUGAUAAGCCGGAGACGCUGAAUGUCAGCACAUCUGAAGAAACCGACAAAAUGCAUCUUUCUAGAGGCCGUGAGAAGAAGCGUGACGACGAGAAGCCAACAGGGAAGCGUGAUCGUUCGUUUUUCAGCGAACUACGCAAACGGUUGAGCGGUCGCAAAAGUGCCAAAAGGCGCGCAAAGAGUUUCGAUACUGGAACUGGUGAACUGGAGGAAGCCGUUUCACUGCCUCCCUCCCGUGAUCAAUCGAGGACACGGUUUUCGGGUAAAUUACCUUUCUUCUUCAACAACUACACUAUUUUCUGUUAUUAA